AUGAUCUUUAAACUUGAACGACCUCAUGCUUUUCUUUGCAUUUAUACCAAAUGGGCUCUUGAAAGCCAAGUUGCAAAUAAAGAAAAAGAUGCAAUUGAUAACUACAUAUUGGGUACAAAACACAGUUAG